GCGCCAGCGGCGGAUUCGGCGAUGCUCCCAGCCUCGCUGUGCGCCGCUGGCCUCCUCCUCGUCGGCGCUGGACUAUCUCAGCCCUUCUACCUCUUCAUCGCCGCAAAUCCGUGGGCUCAGCUGGUCGUCGUUGGCGUGGCCCUCAUCACGGCUGGCCUGAUGUCAGCACUACGGGAGGAGGGCCUCGCGGCGCUCCUUCCCACGCCGCUGCGGCUCUGCCUCUACGAGUCGCCCUUCGCGCUCGGACUCCAUGUCCGCAAUGCGGCCCGCUCGCUGCAGCCGGGACAGAUCUCGCUCCAGCCAGACCCGCUUGUAUCGCAGCUUGCGCGAGUCGCCGCCCUUUGCUGCCUAGACCUCGAGGAUGCGCUCGUGCGCGAGAUCGUCUCCUCGCUCGACGCCGACUUUCGCGAGGCUGCCUUCAACCCGUGCGCUCGCUCCCUCCACCCGACCCUCCUCAGCGUCGUGCUCGGCCGCCGCGGGCUGGCUCAGCUUGCCGCGAUCGAGCGCGAGAAGCUUCGCCGUGGCCCGCAGAGCCCGGUGCCACCGGCGGCAGCCGGGGGUGACGGCGACCCUCCGGUGCUCCGGCGGCGCGACACCAAGGGCAUCGCGCGCGAGGUGUUGCGGCUGCACGGCAAGAGCAGCGGGAAGAGCCCUCUCAGCCCGGGCGCUGCCGACGAGUCCGACGCCGCGUCUGCCGCCGGAGACCUGGACAAGUCGUCGGGCAGCGGCGCCAUCGGCGACCUCGCCCUCGCGUGGAAGAUCGUCUCCCUCCACCUCGUCGUCCCGCUCUGGAGGGCUAGCGUCGCCCGCGCCAGAGCGUCGGCUCCGUGGAGGCUCGUCGUGGCGACCUGGACGGCGCUCGCGCAGAGCUGGCUCGUCCUGGCGGCUUCGGCCGCCUAUGCGUGGCUGAUGGCGUGGGUGCGGCAACCGCCCGCGCGCAAGGCGGCCGGCGGCGAGAACGGGGAGAAGGGCUCGGAGGCCGCGAACGCGCCUCGGCGCGGCCGCAGGCAGAGCCUCUUCGGUCGGCGGCAGAGCCUGGAGGCGUGAGGCUGUGCUUGCGCGCGGGGAGGAGGCACGGGGUUCCCUCUUUGUGCAUGGGUGCGCUACGACGCUUGUGAGUUGCGACUCUUGAUGAGCCUUGUGCCUGUAGUUGCCAGUUCGCAUCCGCUCUCAUCGCUCUCGGAGUUGACGGUUGUACGGUGUCGCUCCCCGAGUCCUGUGGUCUCUGCUGGUCUGUCUCUGUGUCUCUAGUCUGUCUGUGGUCCAACGUCUCAAGAGUUGAGCUGCCUCUCCGCGGAUCUCCGUGCGUGACUUUGAUUGUUUUUGUCCGGGGAGCGGGGGCGGGGGGGCGCGCGGGGGGUUCGUGGUACGUAAAGCCGUAGGUGGUUGCCGCUCCGUUUCUAAAAAAA